AUGAAAACCGAAUUUAAUAGAUGUUUAAAGUUAUUAUACAGUGAAAAAAAUGCUAAUAGUACAUUUUUAAGUGAUGACGAUGAUAAUGAAAGUGAUGGAAGUGUUAUAGAAUUAACAACUGUAGAUAAUAAGAAAAUUGUAAAAGACAAAAUGGUAAUAAACGAUGGCAUUUCCGCAAAACUUAGAUCUAUUGAUCAGAAAAGGUCCAGCUCAUUUCAAAAUUUACAGAAGCAAGCUACAAAAAUGAAACAAAUGUCUGAAAAUAGAUUUUGCCAUGGAAAAAUUGGCGAGAAUGUGAUGAUAAGAAUACCCGAUGUAGAUAGAGCAAGAUGUGUUCUUCGCAAUAUUCUAGGUGUGAUACUUUCUGUAAAAGACAAUUUGUACGAAAUUGGGACCAAGGAAGGAAAAAUAAACCAAAUUUAUAGUUGUAACCAAUUUAAGUUAAGCAAGGAGUCUUUUAUUACGACCGAAGAAGUACCUGAAAACAUAAUUUCCUUAAGAGGACGCCACACCCGCAUGUGUCAAGGAUAUAAUAGAUGUGGUUGUACGCAGAAGUGUAAAACAAAAAAAUGCAAAUGUAAAGCAGCUGGUAAACUAUGUAAUUCUAAGUGCCACAGUAGCAACCCGUGCUCAAAUAAAUAA